CUCAAGCCCCCCAAACCCCCCCCAGCCCCCCAGCCCCCCAUGCCGCUGGGCCUGGGCCGCCGCAAGAAGCCGCCGCCGCUGGUGGAGAACGAGGAGGGGGCCGGGGGGCGCGGGGGGGCCCCGGGCGAGGCCGGGGGGGCCCCGGGGGGGGUCCCGGGGGGGGGCGCGGCCCCUCCCCCCGCCCUGCGGCCCCGGCUGGUGUUCCACACGCAGCUGGCGCACGGCAGCGCCACCGGCCGCGUCGAGGGAUUCGGCAACGUGCGCGAGCUGUACGGCAAAAUCGGCGAGGCCUUCGGCAUCCCGCCCAGCGAGGUGCUGUUCUGCACGCUGAACACGCCGCAGGUGGACAUGGAGAAGCUCCUGGGGGGGCAGAUCGGCCUCGAGGAUUUCAUCUUCGCGCACACGCGCGGCCGCCAGAAGGACGUGCAGGUGCUCAAGUCCGAGGAGGCGCUGGGGCUGACCAUCACCGACAACGGCGCCGGCUACGCCUUCAUCAAGCGGAUCCGGCAGGGCUCGCUGAUGUCCCGCCUGCCCCAGGUGGCCGUCGGGGACGUGCUGGAGGCGCUGGACGGGCGCAGCCUCGUGGGGACGCGGCACUUCGAGGUGGCGCGGCUGCUGCAGGAGCUGCCCCGCGGGCAGAGCUUCAGGCUGAGACUGACAGAGCCCAGGAGGGCCUGGGAGGGGGUCGGGCCCCGCUCCGGGGGGGUCUCAGCCCGGGGGGGGCUCCCCCAGGGGGUGUCGGGCCGGGGGACGCUGCGGCUGCGCUCGAGGGGCCCGGCCACGCUGCAGGAGCAGCCGUCGGCGUUCGAGGAGCGGGCGGUGGCCAAGGUGGAUGAUCUGCUGGAGAGCUACAUGGGAAUCCGGGACAGCGAGCUGGCCGCCACCAUGGUGGAGCUGGGCCGUGACGCGCGCGAUCCCGACUCUCUGGCGGCGGCUUUGGACUCUCAGCUCGGGGAUUUCGCGUUCCCCGACGAGUUCGUGUUCGACGUGUGGGGCGCCAUCGGCGACGCCAAGGCGGGGCGCUGCUGACCCCAAAAACGGCACCCCAAAAUCAUGGCACCCCAAAACCGGCACCCCAAAACCGCUGCUGACCCC